GCUCGGCAGCCGCACUCACUGGCCGGCCUCCGAGCGAAGCACCCGCACCGCCACACCAGCUCCCCAGCCGCGUGCUUACACCGCAGCAGCAACAAACACUCGACUUUUCGCCCUGAACCUCGAGGGCACCCUUUCGGCCCAACGACCUGGCAAAUCUCCAAAACUGAGUUCCUUCAGCACUUCUCGGCCCUUAUUUGUUGGCUUUGGGAUUGACAGAGCUCGCAAUAGUGGCCGGCGUAUGGAGCCAAAGCUUCUGCAGGGCAGCAUCAAGGAGGAAGCCCCGGAGAGGCCCCCGCAGCAGCCGCCCAGUCCAGCAGCCCACAAGGCCAGGAGUUCGCCGCCGGCCUCCGAAGCAGCUCGACCAACCAGGGCUUCAUCCAAAGGAUCUACCAAAGAGGCGCCAGACAGCCCUGAAGGCGCCCAGCAAGCUCCGAGCGUCCCCAUCGCAGGAGCGACCAUCCUUUCCACGCCAACUGGCAGCGAGAGCAGCACCAGCAAGAACUCUCCUCCGGCCAUGGGUGUCGUCAACGGAUCCAACAGGGACUUUCCAUCUUCGCCGCCUGCCUCUCUGAAUGGCAGUGGAGGCAGCCCAUCACCUCCUGGAGCUGCUCCUAUUGCAGUGCCGAUGAGCUCAGGUUCCGCUAGUCAGGCGCAGCUGCUCGAGGCCAGGCAAUUGGCCAAAAUGCGAAGAUUUUUAACCACCAUCGUGCAGUUUGGCUCUGACAUUUCACCAGAAACGGGCGAGCGGGUCAAAUCUCUGGUGCUGGCGUUAGUGAGCAACACGCUUGGCGUCGAGGAGUUCCAGCGCGCCUUGCAGGCCGCCUUCAACUUCCCACUACGACCCUUUGUGCUGCCCUUUCUUCGAGCAGGCAUCCCAGCCAUGCAGCGAGAGGUCGCCGCCCUGGCCAGAAUCGCAAAGCAGAGUCCGCAACAGUAUCUCCGUCAACAUGAGCAGUUAGUCAUGGACCCUUCGUUCUCGCCAUCGGAGCCGUCCGAGAUCUUCCACUCAAUGGGCGAGCACCACGCAGAGCCGGCGUUCGCCUUGAAGCGGCCCCGCGAAAGUUUGUACGAAAACGGCGUUGGCGACUCAGAAUACGCUCCGGCCACCAAACGAUACCUCAGCUACUCUUCUGGCCAGAGCAGCACUUCUUUCUUCUCUAGCCACCCGCACCACAUGAUGCUGCACCCGACAGGUCACUCAUCCGACCUCGGGGGCAGGGCCUCCGUACUGGGGGUGACGCACCCACCCUCCACAUCUGCCCACUACAAUCCCUUCUUGACGGGCGCCGCUGCGAGUCAGAGUUCAGGCGCAGCUGACGAGUCGCGGGGAAGAUGCGGCGACGAUGAGUGGAAAAAUAUACAUGUAAUGUUGAAUUGUAUACUGAGCAUGGUUGAGAAGACCAAACGCGCCCUGGGCAUCCUCCAGCAGAGACCGCAGCCAGAGUCUUCGAGCGCCGAAUUCACUUCGAGUUGGUUGAGAAAACUGCCGACGGACAGCUCUGAGCAGAGCGACAUAAAAAAGGCGGCCGGCGACAUCAUGGCCCAAACCAUCAAGCUCACCGAAGAACGCGUGGCCGAAGUGAAACGCAGAGCAGAGGAGGCGGUGAACGAAGUGAAAAGACAAGCGAUGCUUGAGCUGCACAGGGCGGUGACAGCGGCUGAAACCAAAGCGGCCGAGCUGGUAGCAACCGAGAGGCUUCGAAUGGAAAAGUUGUUGCUCGAGGCAAGGAAGCACGCCGAAGAAGCACCCAGCACGUCAGAAGCAGGCUCGGAAAUAAGUGGGAACUGCUGGAACUGCGGGCGCAAAGCCAACGAGACGUGCAGCGGAUGCAACACGGCGCGCUACUGCGGCGCCUUCUGCCAGCACAAGGACUGGGAGAAUCACCACCAGGCGUGCAGCAUCACCGCAGAGAAGAACGCUUCAGCGCCCAAGAGCACGGCCAGCCUCAAAGUGGCCACCGUGAGCCUGACGGCCACAGCGGCCGAGGGCAAGUGACGCCUGCGACUCGGCCGGCCCAAAUCCACGGCCCAGCAGCAGUGACUUGCCCGAACUAGUCCCCCGAGUGGCCCUAGUGAGUUGAGCGAUUCUGAACCAAAGCACCUCUGAUUUGGAGUUUUUCUAGCAGAAGAUUGUUUCAAAAACAGUUCCUAGAACUAAUUUGGAGAAUUUCUUUGAAUGUGAAUAUGGUAGGAAAAGAAUUAACAAGAUGACAUUUAUCUUGAAUUUUUCAUUUGUGAAUUUUGAGGCUGAACUAAUUUUUAACUCUGGUUUUUUUUAGUCACUUACACUUGUCAGCCAAUUUUUUAUUCUUGUACCGUUACUGAAUCUUACUUUGCACUGAAGCUGUAAAAUAUUGACACCGUUAUACUCAUGCUCAAUCAAUAAUAAUAUUAAAUGUUACUUGUACAAAGUCGCGCUCUGUUGACCACACAACCAUAGUCAUUUUAAAUCAUUACCAAACAAAGCACUACAAAUUUUUUUGGGAUUAAGUAUAUGUUUAAAAAAUAAUAAUAAUCAUGACAGUGACGUUAGCAAAAUCCGUUAAAUGUACCACACAUAACACAUACUCCUAGUCACCGAGUCCAUCCUGAACUAGACAGCUUCUUUUUGUCCGAGUAGUGAUAGUUUUGUUGCUAUAUAAUUAUUAAUGUUGGUUAUUGAGAACUCACGAAUAUACCAAAGGUUACAACUAAAUAAAGAAUUUGUCAUUACUAUAUAUUGCACUCAAUGUUCCACGAUUAAUAUAAAACAUUAUUUUCUAAUGGAUAAUGCAAAAAAUGUUUUACUUCCUCAGUGUAGCUAGAUUAAAUAAUUAUUGUAAUUAUGUAUCUAAUGAAAAAACGCUACAUGCUAGAGGACACUACUGCACCCUCUGCACUAAAAAAAUGUCAACCCUUUUGUCACACAAUCUGGCAGCUCUAUGGCAAACUAUCUUUUUACUUAAUAAAAACACGUGAAAGUAAA